UGCAGCUAUCAACCGUUUUAGUUUUUAGUUCAGGGGAUACGUCGGCUUUUCGGCGGGAAACGGGAACGGGACAGUUGCUUUCUUCAUUGAGUAAUCUAAAUAAUUAAUACGAAGUGGUGUUUUGUGGUUAAUGAUCGCAUUAAGUUAGUCGGAAGACAUUCGCGAGUGUUAUUAUAUUGGAGUAUUCAAUAAACAAAGUGUAUCUGCCUAUUUUCGCUUCGUGCCGGGAAGCCGCUUCAUAACUCAAAAGUUUAUGCGGACUUUUGAGUUAAUUCGUUUGGGGUUCGGAGUAGGAGUCUACUCCGAGGGUGGGGGCUUAGGUUUCAUCAUCAUCACCUUUCAUCAUUUCAUUAAUCAUCAAGAAAAAAAACCCGUAAGACAUGGCUGUAUGGGCAUAGUUCCCUUUGCCUUACCCUUCGGGGAAAAACAAAACAAAAAAAAAAUCAGGGAUACGUCGUGCGAUUUAGUUGUGAUUAAUUUAAUGUUUUUGAAUGAAAGAUGAACAAUUAUAGACCUAAACUCAACUAUGAUAGUCCUUGUGAUUCGGAUAAUGAUUGGACUGAAUCGUCUGAUGGCUCGAAAUAUUCCGACUCUGAAAGCUCUGUCCCCGAGUGGGAUUCAGAUGUAGGAGAAGAUGGGGAAUUGAUGUAUAUCAAAGUUAAACAAAAUGCUAAUGUAACUGAUUCAACUAAAACACCUUUAUUAGAGAACUGCGAAGCUUUCAAACUUAGGAAUAAUUUUAAAAGAUCUUCAACUAGAAGAUCUACUAAAGGUAGAAUAUUUAAAGUUUUGAAAUCUCGUAAGGCCAGAAAUUCUGAUAAUAUUUUUGAGAAGAAAAAUGAACAAAACAGUGAAAAAGCAGACAAAAGUGCCUAUAAAAAUGUUUCCCCUGAAGAAAAUAACAGAUUUGUUGUUAUACAGGUCAGCAAAAACAUGAUAUUCCCUAGUGAGAAAAAUUGUCAAAUAGAAAAGCUUUUUGGCUUAUGUUUGGAAACACAUUUGGAUGGUAAAACAUUAGUAGUUGCAGAUUUCUUAACCGAAGCACUGACUUUCUACUCACCGAAAGUAAAAAAAGGGUAUUAUUUACAAAAAAUAAAUGGCAUUGAUGUGAAUACUUACAAUAUUCACAAUGUUUUACAAAGAGUUGUAGAAGAUAUUGACAGCCCAAAGCUCACAUUUCAAGUUAUAAAUGAUGAUUUCUGCAUUAAUAUUGAAAAGCUUUUGGUAUCAAAAAAUCCACUGGAAAAUGCCUUGACACAAGUAUUAAAAGAAUCAAUGUGCUCUAUUAUGUAUAUCUGCUGCAAUGACAUUGAAUACCACAGCAAUGAUGAUAAAGGGGUCCUCUAUUGCUUCCCAAGACCAUUCAACCAAAACUUUCUCUAUAAUAUAAGAGGUGCUUAUGUCACUCUCAAUCAUUUGGCACCUAAAUCUUUGGGAACCAGUGAACCAAUCACAUCAACUGUUUUACACAAUAACACUUUAAUAAAUGUUGCAUACAAAUCAUACUGUACAGAUUUGUUGUUAAUAGCAUUUCCUAAUCGGAAAAUAGACUUGUUUGCUGCGAGGAAAGUGUUGAAUGACAUUGUGAGAUUGUUAGAGUUUUUAUACGGCUCUCUGAAGUCUUGUUUUACGAAACCUAACAAUGUUGAUAAGCUUGACAGUUUAUUCUCUCGUAUAUUUGUUACACUGCUGUUUGACUGUGAUAAUUGUAAGGUGAAAGAUAAGAACGGAAGCAGUGUUAUAAGUUUUGAAGACAUUCUUGCAGUUCAUACUGUAGCUUUGCCCUUGGACGUCAAAAUUCAAGUGGACGACGCCAUAACGGAGUUGGAAGCAGCUGAUUAUCGUGAAUGGACAGAUGAUGUGGAAAACUUCCAAAGGUUGUACACAGUUAUAGGAUCCUGCCUCUACUAUAAUGGACAUUUACUAAGUUCCCACUUACAAGAUGAAGAUUUGAUGGAAAUCAAUACAUUUUUGAAACUAAAUGGCAUAUUAAAAUUAAGUACUGACAAGGAGUUGGAAAAACUAGUGACAUGGAAGGAAGUUUACAUCAGAGAAGACAGAGAAAAGAAGAAUGACAAUUGUGAAUACAGGAUUCCAGAUGGUCGUUGGUUUCUCCUGAUAGUUGGUAAAGGACAUUUUGUAUUAGCUACACUUAUGGAAGCUGGUGGCUGUACAGAAGAUGCGCAAGGCAUCACUCCGCCGUCACCGUUCUACGUAGAGGAAUGCGAGAGUUGCGUAGAAUUGCUGUAUGAAGUAGGUCUGGACAAGUACCUGGGGGCAUGGUUCGCUGCCAACACGCAGCCACAAGUGCAGACCGCGCCGGAGACUCUUACCAAGCAAGGGAGGAAGACUAAGGAGUUAUCUUCUAUAAAAGACACCUUAAAAACAGCAACUAUCAAACUGCCAAAAUCGUCAACCGAAGUGAAACGGCGUCACAAUUCAUCCGAGCAGAUAAAUGUAUCUAACACCAACGCCAGUGAGAACAAUUACGGUAGCCACCACAGUUUAUACUCACCGUGGUACAACACCAAGCAAUAUAGACACGCGAGUAGUUUGGACGUCAGCUAUUCGGAGGAUUCUAACAGCUUGAAGAGCAACAGUGAAAUAAGCGAAGAGCGCGUGCAAGGAAGACGAGCUGACAGGGAGAGGAACCGCAGAGACUCGUCAGGGUCAGAUUCUGACUGGGAUAGACAGGAUGGAAGCAGGACUAGUAGCAGUAUGGAUGUUUCCGACAUAAGGAAGUCUUUGCUUAACGAAAUAAACCAUGUUACUGCACACAGAGUAACAGCAGGUGACGAAAAUGUCCUAUUUCAUUUCGUCCAACUUGAAUCUGAGAAAGGAAUACUCAUAGCUCCAGUGAAAAAUGUCGAGUUGCAAGCUAAUAAUGCUCUCUAUACUUACAUACUGAAAACCUUCCGGUCAGCUAGUAAGCGAAUACAUGAACUGUUGCAGCAUAACAUCAGAUUCAAAAGAAACCAUGCGCCGUCUAUCCCGCUGAAUAAGAUUCUAGUAGCAGUGAAAGAGUAUGCUAUGCUGUUCGCAGCCCCUUCUGAAGUUAUGGCCCAGACUGGCAUUGCCAAGAAACAUUCUGAACCCUUCCAGUUCUGGGUUAUUGGGCGUGUAUUCAGCGAACCUGAGCCUCGGGAGUUGUACGUCUGUUAUCACGAGUCCGUCCCGCAAGAUCUCACUGAAAUUGCUUAUUUACUCUCUUAUUUGGAAUAAAAAUGAUUAAAGGUUACAUUAUGUGUAUCCGUCCAUUUAUUUUUUUACAUGUACCUAUUAUACCUACAUGUGAAUCCAUUUAUAUUUAUGUUAAACAAAUAAAAUAUAAUGUGA